CACCUUCAUCAUGCUGCUUUGCGUUUUGAUGUCGGAGUAUACUUCGAAGCCAAUGGUCACGGCACCGUUACCUUCUCUGAAAACGCUCUAAAGAUCAUCAAGAGUGCGGAACCUCAGUCCCCUGCCCAGCAGCACGCAUUGGAGUGUCUGAUUGGUCUCACGGAUCUGAUCAACCAAGCUGUUGGUGAUGCCAUCUCAGACAUGCUGCUCGUCGAGGCCAUCCUUGCGCACAAGGGAUGGACCCCGAAAGAGUGGCUUGGCACGUACACUGACUUGCCUUCUCGGCUCGUUCGCAUUGAAGUCCCAAAUCGUUCGAUAUUCAAAGCAUACGAUGCCGACCGAAAGCUGGAAUCGCCACCGGGACUUCAAGCCAAAAUCGACGCUCUGCAAUCCCGCUAUAACAAAGGACGGAGCUUCGCACGUGCAAGUGGAACUGAGGACGCAGUUCGUGUCUAUGCGGAGGCUGCAAGCCGAUCAGAAGCCGACGACCUUGCGACGCGUGUUGCGAAUGCUGUUCGGGACGCAGGCACCGUCACUGAGAUAGUGCAGUCUACCUAA